UGAUGUGCGCGCCCCGCCCCCACAUUUUAUCCAGCAUCAAAUCUCAGCUCAAGAUCGAUCACCUUUCCUCAUCAAGCUUCCGGUCAUCGUUGCACGAUCUUGGAUAUCAAGCUUGUUGGUGAUCCUCAGUGUUGACCAGAAAAAGGAAUCUCAAUGUGAACGGUUCUGUGUACAGACCCGUGAACGUCCUGUCCUGCCACCAUGGAUCGAAAGCAAGCCAACGACAAUCUCAUGGAUACGCAUGACCGUCUCAUAGCCGAAAUUCUCACCCGCUAUCGUAACAUUCUGAACCUCACUACAUUACAAGCCACACGAGACACCGACGACCUGGAGAUCCACAAUGCCGCCACAGACAACCCAUCGUCCAUCGCCGUCACAGGCAUCUCCCUCAAGAUGGAGUUUGAUGCGCUCUACUCGUCGAUCAAGGAGCUUCUGACCCUGUCGCGGCGGAUGAAGGAGCUGUGGGUCUUCGGGCCCCUCGGCGGACGAGAGAGCCAGGGCAUGGAGGAACGCGUGCGGGACGAUGUGAAGAGGGUCGGCGAGCUCCUCGGGGACAUUGAAGGUGGGAGGGCGAAAGAAACGGCCGAGGCGAUGGGCGGCAGCUGGGAGCUCAAAAAGGACGAAGAAGUCAAAGGGGUAGAGGCAUGAGAAGAUUCCAAUUGCUUUCAGGAUUUGGACAUGGCGUUGGGAGUCGGAUUGACCUUUGGGAGAAAUACUUGAAUUCUAUGGUCUGAUUGAUAUAUAAUGUCUAACCCUCACCGUUCUCCGGGUCCUCGUCCUCGUCCUCGCCAUCGCCUUCUAGCUGCUUGUCC